AUGAACCGCCAACUCGAUCGCUCAGGAAUGAGGGGAGGAGCAUCUACGAGAGGAGGAUUUGGAGGAUUCCCAGGAUAUCGAUCGCGACCACCACCAUUUGAGAGGAGGCCACCAAGCCAUAACAACUUGUUCAACAAUCGAUAUAGUCAUUUGGAGAAUAUCGAUCGAAAUGGUGGCUUGUUGGCUGAGUUAAAUAACGAUUUGAGUGGCAUAGACAGCAGCAAUAUAGCUUAUAGCAGUGUUGCAAACUCCUUGCAGUCUCAGAUCGAUCAAGUCAGCUUAAAUAUUACACAUGCAAACGAACAAAUAGCCCAAAUGUCGAUGCAAAUACAGGACAUGCCGGACAUAAGAGGCCUCGUGAUGUCCCAUGAUAGAUCGAUUGGGGAGUUAUGGGACGCUACGGAUAGAUGUCGGGACGGAUUAAAAGAGAACAAGGACGGAUUUAAAGAUAUUAAGGGCAAGGUGAAGCAGCUUGUUGACAUAUUUUCCACAAGCACGGGAGACCAUGAUGGUGUUGAUCCUGCUACACUGUCCUACCCACAAUUGUCGGGUUAA